AUGAAGGGCGCAAUUUCUUCCGUGGCCGUGGCCCUCUCCUUGGGUGCUCAGUUCGUUCUGGCUGCCCCCUCCGACGUUGCCAAGCGUGGCAGCGGUGUGACCCCCAUCACCGUCAAGGGUAACGCCUUCUUCAAGGGCAACGAGCGAUUCUACAUCCGUGGUGUCGACUAUCAGCCCGGUGGCUCCUCCAAGCUGGCCGAUCCCAUCGCCGAUGCCGAAUCCUGCAAGCGCGAUAUCAAGAACUUCCAGGACCUGGGUCUCAACACCAUUCGUGUCUACUCGGUCGACAACUCGGCCAAUCACGACGAGUGUAUGAAGGCUCUUGCUGAUGCCGGUAUCUACCUGGUGCUCGACGUCAACACUCCCAAGUACUCCCUGAACCGUGCCAACCCGGCCCCUUCGUACAAUGAUGUCUACCUUCAGUACAUCUUCGCCACCGUCGACAUGUUCUCCCGCUACGACAACACUCUCGCCUUCUUCUCCGGAAACGAGGUCAUCAACGAUGGCCCCUCCUCUGUGGCCGCCCCCUACGUCAAGGCCGUCACCCGUGAUCUGCGCAACUACCUCAAGGAGCAGAAGCUGCGUCAAGUCCCGGUCGGUUACUCUGCCGCAGAUGUCGAUACCAACCGCCUGGAAAUGGCCGAGUACAUGAACUGCGGUACUGCCGACGAGCGCUCCGACUUCUUCGCCUUCAACGACUACUCCUGGUGCGAUCCCUCCAGUUUCACGACCUCCGGCUGGGACCAGAAGGUCAAGAACUUCACCGGCUACGGUAUUCCCCUCUUCCUCUCCGAGUACGGUUGCAACACCAACAAGCGUCAGUUCCAGGAAGUCGCCGCUCUCUAUAGCACCAAGAUGACCGGUGUCUACUCCGGUGGUCUGGUCUACGAGUACUCCGAGGAGGACAGCAACUACGGUCUGGUGACCAUCAAGGGCAGCGAUGUCACCCCCCUCCCUGAUUACAAGGCUCUCAAGUCUGCCCUGGACAAGACCGCCAACCCUCAGGGUGAUGGCAACUACAACAAGACCGGUGGUGCCAACCCAUGCCCCAAGAAGAACUCUCCCAACUGGGAUGUCGAUUCCACCGGCUCUCUGCCCACCAUUCCCAAGCCUGCCGAGAAGUACCUCAAGGAUGGUGCCGGUAAAGGUGUUGGCUUCAGUGGCAAGGGCUCUCAGUGGGCCGGUACCGCCUCCAGCUCCAACUCUACCGGCAACGGAUCCAGCAGCUCCGGUUCCAGCUCCGGUUCCAGCUCCGCCUCUACCACCUCCGGUGCCGCUGGUCAGACUUCCUCCGCUGCUGCUUCGGGUCUGGUCAAGCCCUUCACCGUCAGCAUGGCUCCCGUUGCCGUCAGCCUGGUGACCAUCGUCUCCACCCUAUUCGGUGCCAGCUUCAUUCUGCUGUAA